CUUCUCUUUCUCACUUCUUCCACUUCCCCAUCUCAGUUUAAGUUUGAUUCUUAACACCAUUUCGUUUUAGUUCUGCGAUUUCUGUUGUUGUAUUGAGAUUUCUCUCAGCUCUGCUCACUCCUCAUUGUCUUCUUCAUCUUUGAUAUGUUUUUUUUUUUUUUUUUUUUAAUUUCAUGGAAUAAUGUUGUUUCUUCUCCGUUUCAUACUGUUAUAUAAGUGCAGAGGCGAUGAUAACUGAGUUUUCCUGUUGUUUUUUUUUUUUUUUUUUUAAUUUCAUGGAAUAAUGUUGUUUCUUCUCCGUUUCAUACUGUUAUAUAAGUGCAGAGGCGAUGAUAACUGAGUUUUCCUGUUGUUUUUUUUUUUUUUUUUUUAAUUUCAUGGAAUAAUGUUGUUUCUUCUCCGUUUCAUACUGUUAUAUAAGUGCAGAGGCGAUGAUAACUGAGUUUUCCUGUUGUUUUUUUUUUUUUUUUUUUAAUUUCAUGGAAUAAUGUUGUUUCUUCUCCGUUUCAUACUGUUAUAUAAGUGCAGAGGCGAUGAUAACUGAGUUUUCCUGUUGUUUUUUUUUUUUUUUUUUUAAUUUCAUGGAAUAAUGUUGUUUCUUCUCCGUUUCAUACUGUUAUAUAAGUGCAGAGGCGAUGAUAACUGAGUUUUCCUGUUGUUUUUUUUUUUUUUUUUUUAAUUUCAUGGAAUAAUGUUGUUUCUUCUCCGUUUCAUACUGUUAUAUAAGUGCAGAGGCGAUGAUAACUGAGUUUUCCUGUUGUUUUUUUUUUUUUUUUUUUAAUUUCAUGGAAUAAUGUUGUUUCUUCUCCGUUUCAUACUGUUAUAUAAGUGCAGAGGCGAUGAUAACUGAGUUUUCCUGUUGUUUUUUUUUUUUUUUUUUUAAUUUCAUGGAAUAAUGUUGUUUCUUCUCCGUUUCAUACUGUUAUAUAAGUGCAGAGGCGAUGAUAACUGAGUUUUCCUGUUGUUUUUUUUUUUUUUUUUUUAAUUUCAUGGAAUAAUGUUGUUUCUUCUCCGUUUCAUACUGUUAUAUAAGUGCAGAGGCGAUGAUAACUGAGUUUUCCUGUUGUUUUUUUUUUUUUUUUUUUAAUUUCAUGGAAUAAUGUUGUUUCUUCUCCGUUUCAUACUGUUAUAUAAGUGCAGAGGCGAUGAUAACUGAGUUUUCCUGUUGUUUUUUUUUUUUUUUUUUUAAUUUCAUGGAAUAAUGUUGUUUCUUCUCCGUUUCAUACUGUUAUAUAAGUGCAGAGGCGAUGAUAACUGAGUUUUCCUGUUGUUUUUUUUUUUUUGCUUAUGGUUCGUGUUCGAUUAAUUUGGGUUCUUUGGAGAUGGAACUUACACAAACCCUUAUUUGUAGAACCCUAAUAAAACUUAGGUUUUCGCUUUGCUUUGAACUUAUGAUUGGGGAUCUCUGUUAUUUUAAUUUGUCCCUGUGAACAGAAAUGGGAAAAAAAAAAUCAAAAUCUGUAUGUAUAAUUAUGUCAUUGACAUGAAUUUGGUGCGUUCCCCUAUCAAAAUGAAGUGAAAAUUUUAAAACGUUUAAGGGUAGAUUGAAACUAACCGUACAUUAGAGCCAUUCUAUGUACUUUAACCUUUUAAUUGAUACCAAUUGGAAACAUUUUGUUACCCAUCCUGAUGUCUUGUCAUCCCUUUUCUGUAAGCCUUCUUCAUUAUUAUUAAAGGAUGGCUUGCUGGUUUUUCCCAACAUUUUUCUGAGUUGAUUUGCUCUAUCUUUUUCGUUUAUUUGAAUAUUUCCCCUAUUAUUGAUUUUUGAUAUGGUGAACUGUUUUUGUAAUUGCUUUGAGAUUUCAAAUAAUGAAGUUUUCUCUAUACUGAAAAGUGUUCUGUUUUUAAGAAAUUUUGUUCCAGUUAAUUCUUGUAUGAUGCCAUUGAAAUUCUUUCUUUUCUAACAUGUAUUCGUGUGUAUAUAUCUGUGUGUGCAUUUUCAUAUCUAAAUCUUUGUUCAUUGUAGGUGAUAAUGCCAAAAUUAAGACGUAUACGGUGGAUUUUUUGUGAUAUCGAUGAUAGUCACCUUUGUUCAUAAAAAGUUCUGUGAUUAUUCUCACACUGGCUUAUAUGAAUCAAAUGAGCAAAAAGACCGUCCUCUCGAAAAUCAUCGUUAGAGCUUGUUGUGAGUUCAUGGAGGUUAGGAAGAUUCAUGGCUGUUUAUUUAAAUUGGGGUUGGAGUUGGAUAUGUUUGUUAGUAGUGCACUUGUCAAUACUUACUUGAAGUUCGACUUAAUGGAGGACGCCAAGAAAGUAUUUAAAGAGUUACCCGAGAGAGAUGUUGUGCUUUGGAAUGCAAUGAUCAAUGGCUGCGCCAAAAUUGGUCACCUGAACAAAGCGGUAGUGGUUUUUAAGAAAAUGGGGGAAGAAGGGAUUUCACCUUGUAGAUUUACAAUUACUGGCAUUUUAUCUAUUUUUUCUUUAAUGGGAGACAUUAACAAUGGGAGAGCAAUUCAUGGAAUUGUAACAAAAAUGGGUUAUAGUUCAUGUGUUGCAGUUUCAAAUGCGCUAAUUGAUAUGUAUGGGAAAUGCAAGCAUAUUGAAGACGCUUUAGUAAUUUUUGAGAUGAUAAAUGAGAAGGAUUUAUUUUCAUGGAAUUCAAUUAUAUCUGCUCAUGAACAAUGUGUUGAUCAUGAUGGUACCUUGAGAUUUUUUGACAAAAUGUUAGCUUCUAGGGUUCUACCUGAUGUGAUUACUAUCACUGCUGUACUUCCUGCUUGUUCUUACUUUGCUGCUCUCAUGCAUGGAAGAGAAAUUCAUGGAUAUAUGACUGUUAAUGGAUUGGGAAAAAAUGAAGACGGUGAUGAUGUAUUAUUAAACAAUGCUGUUAUGGACAUGUAUGCAAAGUGUGGAUGCUUGAAAAAUGCCCACAGAGUUUUUGAUCGAACGAGCAAUAAGGAUGUGGCGUCGUGGAACAUCAUGAUUAUGGGUUAUGCAACGCAUGGAUAUGGUCAAGAAGCAUUGGAUAUGUUUCAUCAUAUGUGUGAGGCUCAAAUUAAGCCAGAUGCUAUCACAUUUGUUGGAGUUUUAUCUGCAUGUAGUCAUGCGGGCUUUCUACGUCAGGGGCGCUCGUUCUUAGCUCGAAUGGAACUUGAAUUUGGUGUGGUUCCAACUAUCGAGCAUUAUACAUGUAUAAUUGACAUGCUCGGUCGAGCUGGACAUCUGGGGGAAGCUUAUGAACUGGCUGAAAGAAUACCUCUUCAAGACAACCUUGUUUUGUGGAUGGCAUUGUUGGGAGCAUGUCGACUUCAUGGGAAUGCAGAUUUGGGAAAAGUUGUUGGAGAAAAGAUAAUGCGACUUGAACCUAAGCAUUGUGGCAGUGGUAGUUAUGUAUUGAUGUCUAGUAUGUACGGAGUCGUAGGUCGAUAUGAAGAAGCAUUGCAGGUUAGACGAACGAUGAAGGAACAAAAUGUUAAGAAGACACCGGGUUGUAGCUGGAUUGAACUCAAGGACGGGCUGUAUGUUUUUAGCAUGGGAGACAGGACACAUCCUGAACUAAAUGCAUUGAUUCAUUGCCUUUGUGGCAUUGGAUACCUUCAUGAUGAAGUUAUGCAUUCGUCUUAAGAUAUGGUAGCAUUUGCAAUUGAAUUGAUCUACCACACUUGCUUACAGCAGUCACUCUCGCAGCAAGGAAGAAUGAUUGGCUAUGGCCUUUGGAUCCAUCGUGCACUUUUUAAGGUUUGUUCUCUCCGUUGCAAGCAUACCAGUAUCAAUAGGGUUGUUACAUCUCCUCCACAAAGUAGAAUGAAACAUUCUUUAUAAGGGUAUGAAAAUCUCUCCCUACUAGAGGGUAAGCUCCGAAGGAAAAGCACAAAGAGGACAAUAUCCGCUAGCGGUAAGUCGGGGCGGUUACAAAAAUAUCCAAAUAAGAUAUAAGAUUUUCCUAUGGGGCCAAUUUGGAAUUACUUUCUAACUUAAGCGAAAAGUCACCCCAAACCGUCCUUCGCCAUAGAGGCACAAUAAGAACGAGUCGGUCCAAAAACGAUGCAAUUUCUCUAAUGAGUUUCUCUAGUCAAAUCAAUGGCUCUCCCAGGUGAUAGGAAGUCCUAAUUGGGAACCUUCUUUUGGCCGGCCAUCCUUUGAAGAACGGCUGCAGCUUAUUAGAACAGUUAUUUUGGUUGAUCAAGAUUGAAAGAACAACCACUUCUUCAGCUACGCGUCCACAAGUUUUGAUGAACAUGGAUUCGAUUCCUACAAUUAUUCUGUUUUUGGUUUAAAUUUUGUUCCCCACUUACCAAUUAUUGUCUCAAUGAUCUUGAAGAAGCUUUUUUCUGGUCUCUUUUCACAGAAUCUCUUGUAUAUUUUUUUAAUAUUGCAUAACAUCAAUAAAAUAUU